AUGCUCCAGAUCGCCAACGCUUUCUUUAAACUCCCCGGCGACUACCUCCUCCCCACCGACGACGAGAUCACUGGCUUUAAGAACCGCCUCAACGAGCGCCUCUCGCCCACAACGCCGCAGUCAGACGAGGACUUGGAGUGGGACGUCGGCGACUGCGUUGCGCAAUGGUGGCGGCCGAAUCACGAGACGUUUUUGUACCCGUUCUUGCCGGCACAUGUGAGUCGGCCGAAGGAGUUGAAGAAGUUGUAUCUGAUACACUUGCCCAAGAAGAAGUUGUUGAGUGUGCCGAAGAAUAUGAAGUUGUUGGCGGUGCCGUUGUUUGAAUUGUAUGAUAAUGCGCCGCGGUAUGGGCCGCAGUUGAGUGCGAUUCCGCAUUAUUUGAGUCGGUAUCGGUUUGAGUUUGUGGCAGAGGAUGGGACGGUGGAGGCGAGGAUGCCGGGGCUUGGUGCUGAUGGUGGUGGGACGAAUGGAAUGGCUGCUAAGGUGUUGGUCGAUGGUGAUGGGGGUGGUGAUGAGCAGAUGCAUACGAAUGGGCAUGAAAACGAAGGUCAUGAUAAUGUAAUCACGUAG